AUGGCAAACUUCAGAAGCCUCAUUUUCUUCUGUUUCCCAUUUAUUUUCAUCAACUCCGCCAUGGCCAAGGCAGUCACCUUCAGCGUGAUUACGUUAGGAGCCAAACCAGAUGGCAAGACCGACUCAACUAAGGCCUUUCUCUCUGCAUGGGCUAAAGCUUGUGCCUCGGUGAACCCCCCUGUGAUUUACGUGCCGGAAGGGAGGUUCUUGCUCCGCAAUGUCGAGUUCGACGGACCAUGUAAGAACAGUCGCAUCAGCUUCCGCAUUGCUGGCACCAUUGUUGCUCCAUCCGAUUACCGGGUCAUCGGAAAUGCCGACAACUGGCUCCUCUUUCGGCACGUCAACGGAGUCACCAUAUCCGGUGGAAUUCUUGACGGUCAAGGCACUGGUUUGUGGGCUUGCAAGGACUCCGGCAAGAGUUGCCCCAGCGGAGCCACGGCAUUGAGUUUUUCCAACUCCAACAACAUUGUGGUUAAGGGAUUGGUAUCUCUAAACAGCCAGAUGUUUCACAUAGUCGUCAACGGUUGCCGUAAUGUGAAAAUGCAAGGGAUUAAAGUAUCUGCCUCCGGCAACAGCCCUAACACCGACGGCAUCCAUGUUCAGAUGUCCUCAGGCGUUACCAUUCUCAACUCAAAGAUAUCUACAGGUGACGAUUGUGUCUCAAUUGGUCCUGGCACUUCUAACUUGUGGAUUGAAAAUGUUGCGUGUGGACCGGGUCAUGGAAUUAGCAUUGGGAGUCUAGGCAAAGACCUGAAAGAAGCUGGUGUGCAAAACGUAACAGUGAAAACUGUGACCUUUACUAAUACACAAAACGGUGUGAGGAUCAAGUCCUGGGGGAGGGCUAGCACUGGAUUUGCAAGGAACAUUCUUUUCCAACAUUGUGUCAUGAAAAACGUUCAAAAUCCGAUCCUCAUCGAUCAACAAUAUUGUCCCAGCAACAAGGGUUGCCCUGGUCAGGUUUCUGGAGUUAAAGUCAGUGAUGUGACAUAUCAAGACAUACACGGUACAUCAGCAACGGAAGUUGCAGUGAAAUUUGAUUGCAGCUCAACGUACCCAUGUAGCAAAAUCAGAUUGGAGAAUGUGAAGCUCACAUAUAAGAACCAGGCAGCUCUAGCUUCAUGUAGCAAUGCUGGCGGAACAUCUGCGGGUACCAUGCAGCCUACAAGUUGUCUAUAG